UAAUGAACCUGGACCCUCAGACAUAAAUGUUACUGGUUUACCUCUCAGACUCCAGAAGAUGAAGGAAGAGGAGGAAGAGGAGGACGGAGCAGAGUCUCUAAUAUCCAGCUGUCUGUCUAUGAAGAGUGACCGGUCUAAACAUGAACCUCUAUUCUUCAGUAAUGAACCUGGACCCGUGGAGGAGCAGCUGUCCUGCUGUUCUUUGUGUCAGGACGUCCUGAAGGAUCCAGUCUCUACCAGCUGUGGACACUGGUUCUGCAGACAGUACAUCACCUCAUACUGGGACCAGUCUGCUUCAUCAGGACACUCCUCCUGUCCCCAGUGUGCAGAAAGAUCCAGAACCAGACCUGGACUGCAGACAGACGAGGUUUUAGAUGAACAUCAGAUCAGUCUGAGCAGCACAUGUGAAUCUGUGACUGAUGAAGCAGGAAAUGAAAUCCUCCUCAUCAGCAUCUACACUGAGGUCCACAUCAUAGAGGGACUGAGUGAAGAGGUUAAUACCCAACAUGAAGUGAGGCAGCUUGAACUAGCUUCCAGGAUGAAGACCUUCCAUAACUCUCCAAUCAAGUGUCACAACAUCUUUAAAGUCUUACCUGACCAGCAGAAACACAUCAGAGUUGUUCUGAUGAACGGCGUCGCUGGUGUUGGAAAAACCUUCACAGUGCAGAAGUUCACUCUGGACUGGGCACAGCGCUCCAACAACCAAGAUAUCAGUUUGUUGAUUCUGUUUUCAUUCAGGGCGCUGAACUUUAUCAAAGAUGAGCAGUACAGUCUGCUCAUGCUGAUCCAUGUUUUCUAUCCAACAUUACAGAAGCUCACAGCAGAGACGCUCGCUGUCUGUAAAGUGUUGUUCAUCUUUGACGGCCUGGAUGAAAGCAGACUUUCACUGGAUUUCAACAACAGUGAGGUCGUGUCUGAUGUCACACAGAAGUCAUCAGUCAGCGUGCUGCUGACAAACCUGAUCAAGGGGAAACUGCUUCCAUCGGCUCUCAUCUGGAUAACUUCCCGACCUGCAGCAGCCAAUCAGAUCCCUCCUUCAUGUGUUAGCAGGGUAACAGAAGUACGAGGCUUCACUGACGCCCAGAAGGAGGAGUACUUCAGGAGGAGAUUCAGUGAUAAAAAACAGUCCAGGAGAAUCAUCUCACACAUCAAGACAUCCAGGAGCCUCCACAUCAUGUGUCACAUCCCAGUCUUCUGCUGGAUCACUGCUACAGUUCUGGACCACAUGUUGACCACAGACCAGAGAGGAGAGCUGCCCAAAACCCUGACUGACAUGUACUCACACUUCAUGCUGGUUCAGACAAAGACGAAGAAGUACAAGUAUGAUGAAAGAAAAGUGAAGAGUCCACAGGAGCUGACAAAGGCUGACAGGAAACUUCUUCUGAAGCUGGGGAGGCUGGCGUUUGAACAACUGGAGAAAGGAAACAUCCUGUUCUACCAAGAAGACCUGGAGCAGUGUGGUCUUGAUGUCACAGAGGCCUCGGUGUUAUCAGGAUUUUGUACAGAGAUCCUCAAAAGAGAGAGUGUGAUCUUCCAGAAAUCAGUCUACAGCUUUCUUCAUCUGAGCGUUCAGGAGUUUCUGGCUGCAGUCUACAUGUACCACUGUUACACCAACAGCAACACAAAGGUACUGAAGAACUUCCUGGGAGAAGACUACAAACACAGAGAAUCAGAACCAAAGACUUUCAUCAAGAAGAUGUCUGCUCAUUUCAGAAACAUUGACAGCUCAUCUCUGGAGGUUUUCCUGAAGGGAGCCAUGGAGAAAUCUCUCAGCAGUGAAAAUGGCCACCUGGACCUGUUUGUCCGCUUCCUUCAUGGCCUCUCUCUGGAGUCCAACCAGAGUCUCUUAGGAAGCCUGCUGGGUCAGACAGACAACAGUGCAGAAACCAUCCAGAGAGUCAUCAACAACCUGAAGGAGAUGAACAGUGAGGAUUUCUCUCCUGACAGAAGCAUCAACAUCUUCCACUGUCUGAUGGAGAUGAACGACCGCUCAGUACAUCAGGAGAUCCAAGAGUUCCUGAAGUCAGAGAACAGAUCAGAGAAGCUCUCUGAGAUCCAGUGCUCAGCUCUGGCCUACAUGCUGCAGAUGUCAGAGGAGGUUCUGGAUGAGUUGGACCUGAAAAAGUACAACACAUCAGAGGAGGGACGACGGAGACUGAUCCCAGCUGUGAGGAACUGCAGAAAGGCUCAACUUUCUGGCUGUGGACUCUCAGAGUUUCACUGUGAAGUUUUGGCCUCAGCUCUGAAGUCCAACCCACAUCUGACUGAUCUGGACCUGAGUAACAACAAGCUGUCUGAUUCAUCAGUGGAGCUUCUCUCUGCUGGACUGGAGGGUCCAAACUGUAAACUGAAGACUCUGAGGUUGGAUGACUGCAGUUUGUCAGAGAUCAGCUGUGCUUCUCUGGUCUCAGCUGUGAAGUGCAACCCCUCCCAUCUGAGAGAGCUUUAUCUGAGUAACAACAAGCUGCAGGAUUCAGUAAUGAAGCUUCUGUGUGAUUUUCUGAAGAGUCCAGACUGCAGACUGGAGAGACAGGAUUUGCAGGACUGCAGUUUGUCAGAGAUCAGCUGUGUUUCUCUGGUCUCAGCUGUGAAGUGCAACCCCUCCCAUCUCAGAUGGCUGAAUCUGAGUAAAAACAAGCUGCAGGAUUCAGGAAUGAAGCUACUGGGUGAUUUUCUGAAGAGUCCAGACUGCAGACUGGAGGCUCUGGGAGUCAGGGACUGCAGUUUAUCAGAGAUCAGCUGUGUUUCUCUGGUCUCAGCUGUGAAGUGCAACCCCUCCCAUCUGAAGCUGCUGGAUCUGAAUGGAAACAAGCUGCAGUAUUCAGUAAUGAACCUACUGUGUGAUUUCCUGAAGAGUCCAGACUGCAGACUGGAGGAUCUGUGAUUGUUUGACUGCAGUUUGUCAGAGAUCAGCUGUGCUUCUCUGGUCUCAGCUCUGAAGGACAACCCCUCCCAUCUGAGAGGUCUGAAUCUGGGAGGAAACAAGCUGCAAGAUUCAGGGAUGAAACUACUGUGUGACUUUAUUGAGAGUCCCGACUGCAGACUGGAGGAUCUGAGGUUGAAUUGCUGCAGUUUGUCAAAGAUCAGCUGUGCUUCUCUGGUCUCAGCUCUGAAGGGCAACCCCUCUCAUCUGAGAGUGCUGGAUCUGAGUAACAACAACCUGAAGGAUUCAGACAUGAAGCAGCUGUCUGAUCUUCAGAAGAGUCCAGACUGCAGACUGGAGACUCUGAGAUUGAGGAAAUGCAGUUUGUCAGAGAACAGCUGUUCUUCUCUGGUCUCAGCUCUGAAAUGGCAGUGGAGAUCUCUGUCAGAGUGUGAGUGA